UCUUACCAGGGUAUAUCGAAUUUGUACCGAAUUAUAUUGGGUAAUUGUUCUCACAUGCCGCGAUUGGGCUUGUACUGUCUGGGCGAGCAAACGAUGCUACGAAGGAGCAGGUCUAUCAUGACGCUGAUAUUCAAUCGCGGAAAGGUGAAGGGUCGAGACGAACACGGUCGUGGUCAAGUCGGUGGUGCGUCCAUUUCAUAUGCCCUUCUAAUCAUCUUCCUGGAGUAUUUCGCAUGGGGAUUACUGACUGUACCAGUCAUUAACGUCUUAGCUGAAACUUUCCCGUCAAAUAAAUUCUUGAUGAAUGGACUUAUACUGGGAAUAAAGGGUAUUCUAUCAUUUUUGAGUGCACCACUUGUUGGAGCGCUUUCUGACGUAUAUGGAAGGAAACUAUUCCUUAUUCUUACAGUAUUUUGCACUUGUAUGCCCAUUCCUUGUUUGAUAAUUAGUCCAUGGUGGUACUUUGCCUUAUUCAGCAUUAGUGGCCUGUUCUCUGUUACCUUUAGCGUAAUCCUCGCUUAUGUUGCCGAUAUCACCGAGAAACAGGAUCGAUCAGCCGCAUACGGUCUCGUGUCGGCUACUUUUGCUGCUUCUCUAGUGACCUCACCAGCUCUUGGGGCAUGGAUAUCGGAUAACAGUGGUGAUGGAGCCGUCGUCUUACUGGCUACCAUCAUUGCUGCGAUCGACGUAUUUUUUAUUGUGUUUCACGUUCCGGAGUCACUAUCAGUGAAACGUACAGCUAGCGAUGUGAUUAGUUGGGAAAGUGCGGAUCCAUUUGCCACCCUGUGUCUUGUCUGGGAAGAUAGGCUGGUCCUUCAACUAGCAACCAUUGUGUUUCUCUCAUACUUACCGGAAUCUGGUCAAUUUUCGUGUUUCUUCGUUUAUUUAAAAUUGGUUAUCGGAUUUACUCCAGAAGCAGUCGCUGCCUUCAUUGCUCUAGUUGGCAUACUAUCAGUCUUAGCACAGACCGGAGUUUUACAGAUUUUAAUCGCUUAUUUCAACAUGAAACAUGUAAUUACGUUAGGUCUCAUCUUUCAACUAGUUCAACUUACAUGGUACGGGCUUGGAACUCAAUACUGGAUGAUGUGGGCAGCUGGUAUAUUAGCAGCGAUGAGUAGUAUUACCUAUCCGUCAAUUAGUGCCUUUGUUAGCAUACAAUCGGAUAAAGACAAACAGGGCACUGUUCAAGGUGUAGUUGCCGGCAUUCGAGGAUUAUGUCAAGGAUUCGGACCCGCUCUGUUUGGUUUCCUUUUUUACCUAUUCGAUGUGGAUUUAAACGUUGAUGGUGAAGUGUCUGGAGGUCACGCAGGUCAAUUUCCAAUUGUCCGAAUACGGCCUCUCUCGUCCCAGACAAAAAUCUUGGCUCCAGCAAGGAAUGAUACUCUUUGGGUGAGUCGACGCCCAGCGUUCACGUGGCAGCUUAUACCUGGUCCACCUUUUUUGUUCGGUGCCUUUCUGGUGUUGUUAGCGCUCAUGUUCAAUUCAACGUUGCCUGGUUCGCCCGGCGUAAGCAAGUAUUUUCGUAGAUCACCUUCUCAUUCACGACAGUCAUCAGAUACUGCAAAGUUACUUCACGCUGAUAGUGGUAACUGCUGA